CUGCUUAUGAGGAGCAGGUCUUCUGCCCAGCUGUCCUCACAGCCUGAGCGCUGCCUCUGGACCUUUUCUCUGCAUCAGUGAAGUUUUGUGAAGAGUUUCUGCGCCAUGAAUCCGCCGUGUGGAAGAUGCCAUAAAGCGGUGUACCCCACAGAAAAAAUAAACUGCCUUGACAAGUAUUGGCACAAGGGCUGUUUCAGCUGUGAGGUGUGCAAGAUGGCCCUGAGCAUGUCCAACUACAAAGGCUUUGACAAGAAACCUUACUGCAGUAUGCAUUAUCCCAAAACCUCCUUCACCAUCGUCACUGACACCCCCGAGAAUCUCCGUCUCAAACAGCAGACCAUGCUCAAUAGCCAGGCGAUCUACAAGGAGGAGUUUGAAAAGAACAAGGGAAAGGGUUUCAGUGUGGUGGCCGACACUCCGGAGAUGCAGAGAGUGAAGAAGACACAAGACCAGAUCAGUAACGCGCUCUACAAGGAGGAGUUUGAAAAGAACAAGGGAAAGGGUUUCAGUGUGGUGGCCGACACUCCCGAGAUGCAGAGAGUGAAGAAGACACAAGACCAGAUCAGUAACAUCAAGUACCAUGAGGAGUUUGAAAAGAGCAAGAUUCGGAGUGAUGCACCACCCCCUGAAAAUAGGCAAGAGGAGUAUGAACAGCAGCAGCCACCCUGUCCAAACACAUUCAGUCAGCCUGGUGCGAAGAUGCAUCCUGCUGCAGUAGCGCCACCUGGUGGAGGGCGGCGGUACCAGGCCCUGUACAGCUACUCGGCAGCAGAUGCAGAUGAGGUUUCUCUGCUGGAAGGGGAUCUGAUCUCAGAUGCUGAGCAGAUAGAUGAGGGAUGGAUGUAUGGACGCAACCAGCGCACGGGCCAGCGCGGCAUGCUGCCCGCCAACUAUGUCCGGCCCAUCUGAAACCUCCAGUCACAUCCAAGAUCCAAGAAACAUUUCAUUUUGGUCCAAGGUUUUCAUUUUUCAGCACGCACACCUCCACAGAAGUUCAGGGUCGGUCAACCUCCAGCAGGAACUGCCAUGGUGAUCUGCACCAAAAAUCAGUUUUUGCAAACAAGAAUUUUUUUUAAAACCAGGACUGUACACACAAAAUAAGGGAUAUGACCGGUUUAUCUACUUUACCUUGUUAGAUGUAUGAUUUUUUCUUUUAAGUGGCACUGUUUAGGAGCAGUUAGAAGCUGACCAUCAUGAACUCAGAGAGUGACGUCUGCUAAAAAUGAAGGUAGUCUACCAAAGUGAAAUGACAGUCUCAAGACAGAGCAGUAUUACUAAAUGUUGAAAUCCAGAAGUAUUGUGAGUCACUUUACCUCUCUAGAGUUGAAUGUAAUGUUCAGUAUGUGAAGCUGGACGAAACACUUCAGUCCAUUUUAUUCAAUGUUUUUCUACCUGUGAUUUUUCUCUUUACUGAAUAUACUUGUGGAAAAUAUCAGCAGGAAAGAAAUUAUGAGGGGAAAAGCAGAGGGAAUAAAUUCCCGCUGCCUAGUGAAAUAAUGAAGUUGCACCUCUGGAACCUUUUUUUUUUUUGGUCUGCAACAUUGAUGGUAAACACCCCAGCCCCUUUGCUUCUAAACACAAGUUUAAUCUUUCUCAGGUAACUGAACAUGUCCAGUUUCAGCAUCCAGGUUUUCACAUUGGCAACUGUAAAGCAUAUGACCUUAACACUUCUUCCUCCCAGCGUGGCUGAAUUGGUAUUCUUGUUUCCUGACGGGACAGUGUGUAGUGUCCAGUACAUUUCUUCUGCAUGUCUUUAAAUCAGUGGAGGGCAGCCUUGUCAUGCAUCCCAGAAAUCUUUAAUGUCACUUAGCAGCAAAUAGCCAAAAAAAAA